AUGAAUACCAAUGACAUAAUUUAUUAGUAAUAGCAGGAAUAAUAAGAAAGAAAACCAAAUUUUAUAGAAAAGUUGUGUUCUUGCAUCUACUAUUUUCGCAAGAAAUCUAAUAAAACGAAUGACAAGUAUCAACUUGGAAUUGACACUCCAAAAUCACAUGUAUAAUUGAAACAUAUAAAUAUGAGAGCAGAAAAGUAUGUGUUCUAGAUUUAGAUGAAACACUAGUCCAUAGUUAAUUUAAGGCAGAGAAUGGUCAUGAUUUUUCACUAGAUGUAAUAAUUUAUAAUAUAUUAGAUCAUAGUCUAAAGUCAAUUAUUUAAAGUAUAUGUGACAGUUAGACCUGGUGUUGAAAACUUCAUUGAAACUCUAAGCGAAUACUUUGAAGUUAUCAUGUGGACUGCUAGUUUGAAAGAAUACGCAGAUCCUGUUAUGGACAUUAUAGAUCCUUCACGAAGAGCUUUGACUAGAUUAUAUAGAGAAAGUUGUACUCCUAUUCAAGGAGGGUUAACCAAAAAUUUAAGCAAAUUGGGGAGAAACUUAAAGGAUGUCAUAAUCAUAGAUGUAAAUGAAUUGUUCACUCUUAGAAUUCCUAAAUGUCCUUUUUAUUUUAACAAGAGAAUGGAUAUUUGAUCAAAGAUUUCAUUGCAGAUAAAAAUGAUAACGAACUAGAGACUCUAUUACCAUUUCUUAUUUGGUUAAGUUAGGUAUUGAAUAUUAAGAAAUAUUAAGUAAAAUGAUGUUCGUCCAGUCUCUUAAUUAUUUAAAUAGUAUUUUAUGAACGAAUCGAUAUAAAGGAAACAUUCCAAAAGACAAGUACUCUCAUAAUCCAUGAUUUUGAAUAAUCAGAAUAGCAAUAAAAAGUCUGAUGUCAAAGCACAAAGAACUCAUACUGUGAAUCAUUGUGAUAUAGAGGAAAUCGAACUGAGAGCUGAAGCAAAUCUAAAUUCUCCUAAUAUUGAGAUGAAACUAAAUGAUUAAACUGAUGAUGAAAGUCGUGAAACAUUUGAAAUAAGUAAUUGUUGA